AUGCAGCUCAUCAGGCUGCCAAAGACUGCUGCUGCAGCGGAUUCAAAGGCAGCAGCAGCAGCAGCGUAUUCAAAGGCAGCAGCAGCACCAGCGGAUUCAAAGGCAGCAGCAGCAGCAGCAGCAGCAGCAGCAGCAGCAGCAGCAGCAAAAGCACGCAGCGUGAAGGCGGAGGCCUCCGGGGGGCCCCCAGGGGGGGCCCCCAGGGGCCCCUCAGGGCCCCCCCAGAGCCGAAAAGAUAAAACUGAAAUUCUGGCUGCCUUAAAACGAGAACAAUCAAGCAGCAGCAGCAGCAGCAGCAGCAGCAGCAGCAGCAGCGGGUACACGAAGAGCCGCACGAAGAGCAGCAGCAGCAGCAGCAGCAGCAGCAGCAGCAGCAGGAGAGGCAAGAAGCGCAGGCGGAAGCGGAAAAGCGCAAAAAGGAGAGCAGCAGCAGCAGCAGCCUGUCGGCGUCCGCUGCUGCUGUCUGCUGCGCUGCAGCAGCUGCUGCAGCUGCCGCAGCGCAGCAGCAAAGUGGAUGUCAUAAGGGGCCUCUGGAAGUACGCGAAGCAGCAGCAGCUGCAGCAGCAAGGAGAACCCCACACUAUUUGCUGCGACGAGCCGCUGCAGCAGCUUUUUGGGGGCCUCCAAAAAACUUUGGAGGGCGCAGCAGCAGCAGCAGCAGCAGCAGCAACAACAACAGCAGCAACUGCAGAAGCAGCAGCGACUUUGAAAGCAGCAGCAACAGCGCCAGCAGCAGCGACGAGUCUUUUCCAAAGAGGUGCAAAACGCUCAGCAGCAGCAGCAGCAGCAGAAGCGGCAGCAGCAGCAGCAGCAGCAGGAGUGGGGCACCGCAGUGGCGUCCUAGGCCUGCAGCAGCAGCAGCAGCAACAGCAGCAGCAGCAGCACCAAGAACAGCAGCAGCAGCAGCAGCACCAAGAACAGCAGCAGCAGCAGCAGGAAGUUGCCGCGCGCGGCUGCGGCGGCUGCUGCUGUCUUCCAGCGACGAAGAGACAGGGCCCCUUAGAGCAGCUCGUAGCCCAGCAGCAGCAGCAGCAGCAGCAGCAGCAGCAGCAGCAGCGAGAGCAGCAGCACCAAACGGAAGCAGCAGCAGCAGUGCCAACAGCGCCGGCAGCAGCAGCAGCCCGCGCAUCAGCAGCAGGGAGAACAGCAGCAGCAGCAGCAGAACAAGCAGCACUGGCAACAAAGAGGGAAAGACCAGCAGCAGCAGGAGCGAAUGCAGCAACAGCAGCAGCAGCCGCAGCAGCAGCAGCAGCAGCAGCGAAACGAGAGCAGGUUGAGGGACAGCCAGAGCCCUCCUUUACACAUGGGGAAAUGUGGCAGUCACGGCAGCAGCAGCAGCAGCAGCAGCUGCAGCAGCAGCAGCAGCAGCAGCGGCAGCAGCAGCUAGAUAUGAGCAUUUCAGGGACAGCAGCAGCCUCAAGCAGCAGCAAAAGAGCUGCAGCAGAUGGCUCAGCAGCUGCAGCGCCACCAGGUAGCAAAUCAGCAGCAGCAGCAGCAGCAGCAGCAACUGCAGCAGCAGCAGCAGCAGCAGCAGCAGCGUGGGGCCGCUGGGCAGCAGAAAGCGAAGACCCUUUGGCCCAAAUAUUAAAAAGAGCAGCAAAAAGAAAUAAUGAAAGCAACGACCCCCCAGAGCAGCAGCAGCAGCAGCAGCAGCAGCAGCAGCAGCAGUUGCUGCAGCAGCAGCUGCGGCUGCGGCUUAGCAGCAUCCGGCCGCGGUCUGUUGCUGUUUCAUUUUGCUGCUGCAUUUGCCAGCGUGUUGCUGCUGCUGUGCAGCAGGGGAUUCUCUCCUUCAGCCUGCUGCAGCAGCAGCUCCCUGCAGCAGCAGCAGCAGCACCAACAGCAGCAGCAGCAGCAGCAGCAGCAGCGGCAGCAGCAAGUGAAGAGCUGCCCGUAAAAGUCUACGGUUUAGCUCUGGCGUGUCUGCUGCACCAGGAAGCCCCCGUAGCCAUCGAAAGAAACUCUGAAGAGCAGCAGCAGCUAAAAGGGCUGCUGCUGCUCGAGGGUUUGCAGCCCGCAGCCUCCUACCGCUUCACGCUGCUGGCCCACGCCAAGCAGCAGCAGCAGCAGCAGCAGCAGCAGCAGCAGCAGCAGCAGCAGCAGCAGCAGCAGCAGCAGCAGCAGCAGUGGAAGCAAGAGCAGCAGCAGCGGCAGUUUGCUGCAGCGAAGACGGCCCGCGACGCUUCGCAGCAGCCUGGUGAGCAGCAGCCCCCAGCAGCAGGCGCAGCAGCGAAGGCCCCCGCAGCAGCAGCAGCAGCAGCAGCAGCAGCAGCAGCAGCAGCAGCGGUGGGGUCAGUGGUGCUGGAGCAGCGGCAGCAAGUGGACCAGUGGUCCACUGCUGCUUGCCUGGCCUUCGCCAGGGGCCUCAGCCUCCCCCCUUUGCAUGCAGCCUUUGACCAGUGGUCCAUUGGGGGCCCCCAGCUGCUGCAGCUGGGGGCCCCCGAGCUCGCGGCCAUGGGCCUGCCGCGCUGCCCAGAGAACGACUCGCCGCGGGAGGAGCUGCAAGAGCUUCUCCCAAGCCCUGCAGACGAGGGUCUAGGGGCGAUGAGCUCGAAGAGGUUGGUGGCCGAUUCCCCUCCCCCCGUGGAUGUGGCGGGAAAGCGCCGAUGCGUCGACAGCGGCACGGUCUUGAUAUCCUUUCCGGGGUUUUACCUCGAAGCAGCAGUUUACGGAGACAAAGGGGCUCGCCGCCAAAUGGAAGAUGAGCGGCUGCUGCUGCCUUCCUUGGCAGCUCUGGAGCCUUCUUUGAAGGCUUCCCGCGACUUCGCGGUUUUUGCAAUCAUGGACGGACACGGCGGGAGACAAUCUGCUGCUUUCGUCAAAACGGCGCUGCCUCUGGAGAUUUCGAAGCAGCUGAAGCUGCUGAUGGAGCAGCAGCAGGAGGAGGAGCAGCAGCAGCAGCAGCAGCAGCACGAGCAGCAGCAGCAGCAGCAGCAGCAGCAGGGAGAGCAGCAGCAGCAGCAAGGGGGGCAGCAGCAGGAAGUUAAGCCGCUGCAGACGGUCAAGAGCGAAAAGGGUGCACAGCCAGAGAAAGACAGCAGCAGCAGCAGCAGCAACAGCAGCAGCAGCAGCAGCAGCAGCAGCAGCAGCAACAGCAGCAACAUUACCAACAGCUGCCCAGAAAUCGAAGUCUCUGAUAAGGAAAUGAAGCGCGUUCUAUAUGCUGCCUUCCGCAAAGUGGACUCUCGCAUUGCUACGGAGAUUCCCGCCUGCCGAGACGGCUGCACAGCAGUCUUUGUAAUGAUUUUGGGCCGCCAAGUCUUCAUUGCUGGGCUGGGAGACAGCGCAGCAUUUCUGGCGCGGAAACACGCCAAGGGCUACUACGACGGCUGCACAGCAGUGUCUUUGUAA